AUGAAAGACACAUCCCUUCCAGCUGUGCUAGAUGCAUUGAGUGGAUUGGAAGACACAUCCCUUCCAGCUGUGCCAGGUGCAUUGAGUGGAUUGGAAGAAACAUCCCUUCCAACUGUGCCAGAUGCAUUGAGUGGGUUGACAGAAACCUCCCUUCCAGCUGUGCCAGAUGCAUUGAGUGGAUUGGAAGACACAUCCCUUCCAACUGUGCCAGAUGCAUUGAGUGGAUUGGAAGACACAUCCCUUCCACCCGUACCAGAUGCAUUGAGUGAAUUGGAAGACACAUCCCUUCGAACUAUGCCACAUGCAUUGAGUGAAUUGGAAGACACAUCCCUUCCAGCUGUGCCAGAUGCAUUGAGUGGAUUGGAAAACACAUCCCUUCCAGCUGUGCCAGGUGCAUUGAGUGGAUUGGAAGAAACAUCCCUUCCAACUGUGCCAGAUGCAUUGAGUGGAUUGGAAGACACAUCCCUUCCAGCUGUGCCAGAUGCAUUGAGUGGAUUGGAAGACACAUCCCUUCCAACUGUGCCAGAUGCAUUGAGUGGAUUGACAGAAAACUUCCUUCCUGCUGUGCCAGAUGCAUUGAGUGGAUUGGAAGACACAUCCCUUCCACCCGUACCAGAUGCAUUGAGUGAAUUGGAAGACACAUCCCUUCCAACUAUGCCACAUGCAUUGAGUGAAUUGGAAGACACAUCCCUUCCAGCUGUGCCAGAUGCAUUGAGUGAAUUGGAAGACACAUCCCUUCCACCUGUACCAGAUGCAUUGAGUGGAUUGGAAGACACGUCCCUUCCAACUGUGCCAGAUGCAUUGAGUGGAUUUGAAGACACAUCCCUUCCAACUGUGCCAGAUGCAUUGAGUGGAUUGGAAGACACAUCCCUUCCAACUGUGCCAGAUUCAUUGAGUGGAUUUGAAGACACAUCCCUUCCAACUGUGCCAGAUGCAUUGAGUGGGUUGUCAGAAACCUCCCUUCCACCUGUACCAGAUGCAUUGAGUGAAUUGGAAGACACAUCCCUUCCACCUGUACCAGAUGCAUUGAGUGGAUUGGAAGACACAUCCCUUCCAGCUGUGCCAGAUGCAUUGAGUGGAUUGAAAGACACAUCCCUUCCAACUGUGCCAGAUACAUUGAGUGGAUUUGAAGACACAUCCCUUCCAACUGUGCCAGAUGCAUUGAGUGGGUUGUCAGAAACCUCCCUUCCACCUGUACCAGAUGCAUUGAGUGAAUUGGAAGACACAUCCCUUCCACCUGUACCAGAUGCAUUGAGUGGAUUGGAAGACACAUCCCUUCCAGCUGUGCCAGAUGCAUUGAGUGGAUUGAAAGACACAUCCCUUCCAACUGUGCCAGAUACAUUGAGUGGAUUGGAAGACACAUCCCUUCCAACUGUGCCAGGUGCAUUGAGUGGAUUGGAAGACACAUCCCUUCCAACUGUGCCAAAUGCAUUGAGUGGAUUGGAAGACACAUCCCUUCCAACUGUGCCAGAUGCAUUGAGUGGAUUGGAAGACACGUCCCUUCCAACUGUGCCAGAUGCAUUGAGUGGAUUGGAAGACACAUCCCUUCCAACUGUGCCAGAUUCAUGA